AUGGAGGAUACGCCCAAGUUCCUACAGUCCGUCAAACGCACCCCUGAACCCAAACGAUCUGUGUUACUCCGUAAUGCCUUCUCAAGACUAGUUGAUGCCCGGGCGGACCCCAUUUUCGUUAAAGACUUUGUCAAUGCCAUUUGGGAUGAGUUUAACAAUGAUCUCCAAGAGCUAGAGCGUCGAAGACCACCUCCCAUGUCUGCAGACAAGCUCGAAACCAGUUUCAGUCCAUUCGCCCAUGCAUGUCUGAGCGCAGGUCUAGUCAAAGCAAUGGUCUCCAUCGCACGAAAUGGGUGGUAUGAAAUGAUCUGGACACAAACGAACACAUUAGCCCAUAACGAUGCCCUGGAUAGCCUCUCGGUGCUGAUGCGAACCGGAAACGCAGCUGAACGUGGCGACCUACUGGAUGAGAUGCUGAAAGAGGGCAUUGUGGAGGUGUGCCUACGAAACUUGCAGAACUAUCGAGUGCAUUGCGUGCAUCAAGCGGCCAUACACUGCCUGCAUACACUCACGACCGAGUCUUUUUUGGGUAACAGAGUCUCACCUGCGACGGCGGCCACCAUCAUCGAAGCGUUACAUGCAGAUUUUGCAGAGAUGUACAUGGAUUCUACGACAAAAGAGGAGGCCGUGUGGACUGUGCAUGACCUCAUUUGUACAUCUCCCUAUCAGCCACGCGCAGUUACCCUUGACAUACUCAGGAAGAAACCUCAAAUCUUUGACCUUCUUCUAGAUUGCGCAAUCCUGGACCGCCCCGAGUGCUUUCCGGAGAGCGGCGUUAACUCUAUAACCUGCGAGAUGCUAGCUUUGAUAUUCCACUGGCCUUUUCACGUCGUACCGGGUGUUGCUCAGACAAUGGAUAGCUCCUUCCAAGCGCAGGAUUGGAAGGCUAUGUGGCAAGCAAUGUCGAUUCUGACGUCGCGUCAGGACUGGGUUGACAAACUUGUCGAAGUAUGGAUGCACGUACUGGAAGAGGACGUGCAGAAGCUUUACAGGCAGGAUAAAUGUGUCAUCCUUUCCGUGCCCAAACUGACGGUCCUUGACAGCGUGUUCUCGCAGCAUGGUCUCCCUGGAAAGGAUUUUGCUCCAUACGGCCCAUCAGCGAGAACUACACUGAUUCCCGACUGUCGUGGCAUAUGCAGGAUAUCUAUGUUGAGACUGAUCGCUACUUUGACCCACGCAGCAGAGACGUGUGGUAUCACCAACGCACAGAUAGAAUCCUUUCUCCAUAUCGCCUACCACGCGUGUCGCAAAGUCAAGUCCCUUGACGACUGCACCGGCGAAGAGGAUACCUUUACCACAAUGGAACACCAGCGAGACAUUUUUCGCGCCCCUAUGUGGCGUUCAAACAUGAAGGUCAACGUCGAUAUACCCUACGCAAUUGCAUCCGAGAGCAUACUUGGGCCAACCGCCCUCCUCCGGCUGUACGUUGUUCUCGCGCGGAGAAGCGCCCUAACCAACAUACAGACGCUACCCAAGGCGCCCGACGGUCUUUCCUCGUCGACAUCACUCCGCCAAAUCCAGCAAAUCACCCAUCCCGACGUCAUCCGCAGAGUCAUCAGAAUCUCGCAUCGGCGCCUUCGUGACAUCUUGGACCGAGCGCGUGACCGCGCUGCCAGCAGCAGCGAGCUAGCGGACGCAGGUUGGAAAUGGGCGUGUGCUGGGUUCACUAACGGCGCAGAGUUGGCGGCGGCAUUGGUCGCACUGGACGUGCACACAGGCGGCGUGUAUUCAGCUACGAUUCGCGGGGCGCGGAAGCAACUAGUGAUUGCUCUGGGGAACGCGUCGCAGAUGGGGCUCAAUCUCAAACAGUACAAGCGGGCACUUCACUUCGGACUAGGUGCAAUCAAUGCCGCGGAGAACAUCCCACCAGGAGAGGGAUUGGGUCUAGGUAUCACGGAGAAAAACGAGCGAAGAGUAAAGUGCGCUAAGGCUGGGCUCGGGAUCCAGUAG